AUGGUUCCAAAGGCAAUUUAUAUGAAUGAAUUUAGAAGCUGUAUUUCUGAUAAUGGCUUGGUUGAGGCAGAUGCCAUUGGUAAGAAUUACACUUGGUCCAAUCGCCAAAGUGGCCAACAAGGAAUUGUUUCUAAGCUUGAUAGGGUUGUUGUUAAUGACGCCUGGCUCUACAAAUAUGAGAAUUGGAGAUGCAAAGCCCUUCACAGGAUUGCAUCGGACCAUUCCCCUCUAUUUGGCUUCGCUUUUGAUAAUCCAAGGCCAGCUAGAGCUCCUUUUCGAAUUCAUAAGAUGUGGCUAUCUCAUCCGAGGUUUAUGAAGCUGGUUGAGGAUAACUGGAAACUGAGGCUAGAUGGUGCGCCUCCUUUUGUUUUUGCUAGAAAGUUAAAGAGGUUGAAGGAGACCCUGAAAUUAUGGAACCGAACAGUUUAUGGGGAUGUGCAGUUUCAUUUAAAGCAAGAUGAACUCAGGCUUGAAGCAGGGAAUGAUCUUCUUGAUUAUGAUCCAGCGGAUGAAUUGCAAUUUACUAAGGUGAUGGAUGCCAAAAAGGUUGUUGAUGACGUUAGAAUUGGGUUAGCAGUCAUGCUCAAGAAGAAAUUCAAAAUUACUUGGUUGGAGGAUGGCUAUCGGAAUACUAGAUUUUUCACAAUAGCAUUCAAUGAAAUAACUGACUAUAUUGUCAAUUAUUACAAACACAAAUUCAAUGGUGGCGACGUUAAUAUUGAUCCAAAACUGUUUGAAAUUGACCAUGAAUGCAUCUCGGCUGCUGAGAGUGCAUAUAUGGAUGCUUUGCCAACUUUAGAAGAGAUUAAAGAGAGGUGGCAUAGUUUACACAAUAUGAAUGAGAUGCUUGCUAUGUAUCAACAGGCUUCUGGCCAAUAUGUGAAUCGUACUAAAAACAAAUUUUAUUAUGAAUGUGGCUCCAGUUCCCGUGCCAUUGCUAUCUCCAAUUUUUUGGGCAUGGGUAGAGAUCUUUUUUCGGAUAGAUAUCUGGAAAUUCAAUAG